AUGUUACUUCGUUUUAAUAAUAUUACCGCUAUAUUAAUCGGUUUAACUUCAGCUACUGAUGCUUUUAAUAAUAGCAGUAAUUGCUCGCAAUACGGUAAUCCACCUCGGCCAGUUAUUAACACUAUUGACGGAUUUCUUAAUAGUUUUAUAAAACUAUGCCAAACUGGAAUAUCUAAUAAUACUUUUCUACUACAAAUUGAUACUGGUGAAUUAUUAAAUUAUACUGAUCUAGAUGGAAACAAACGUCAUGCAUGUGUCUAUAAUGGCAAACAAAAGCAACAACAAUUGCCGUUAGUUGUUUGGUUGCACGGAGCACUCAUCUCUUCUGACUUUGGAAUUGAACAGCAUUAUUGA